CAAUUCAAAUUCAAAGAGAUUAACAAAAAAUCUUGACCAAUCAGAGAGCGCGUAUACCGUUGGAGCGGCCGCGGUAGCGUAUGAGCACGGCCGCCUAUCGCGUAGCCUACGCUCAACCGGCAUACUCGCGCUCUGAUUGGUCAGUGUUUUCUGUUAAUAUCUCCUUAACGAAGCCUCAGACAACAUUUUCGCUAAGGAAAAAGUUGUUUCAAAUCACCUCCCGAACCAUCCCUUUCAAGGUGUUACAACAUUUUUGGGACACCCUGUAUAUCAUUUAAUACAAUUAUUUCGUAGGGGUAUUUCCGCCCUUCAAAUCGUUUUUGGGUCAAAAUGGAAAAGGACACCCAUAUUUUAUGUUGAUACUACAGGAAACCCUGACUAAUUUCAUUUCAAACUCUGUAAACAUAAACACGCAAUACUUGUUUACAUGUAAGAGUCCUUACACCAUCGACCUUACCAAGUAAAUUCAGAAACCGUGUAAACGUAUUCAUACGCGCGCAAGCUCUUGAACCGGUCUCAUUGCGUCAGAGCUUGGCCCCCCUGACUCAAAUCAGACCAAACCUUUUUUCUAUAAUUUAUCAGUGCAUUAGCAAUUUUCGAGUAGUAUGGAGUCGGUAUUAACCUAGACUAACGGUAGCAUUAAUCAUAAAAAUUGUUGGUGUAUUUUUCUGAUUUGCCUAAAGAAAAAUAAAUGAACGGCGUCUAAAAGAAAAUGAUACAUAGGAGUUAUCUAUUACAAUGGAUUUUGGUAGUGAUAUUCACAAUAACGAUCAUCUAUCUGAAAGUGAAAGUAAAUUUUCUGGAGGAUCACUACAAACUAUUGCGUACACGUUAUUAUAGAGGAUACAAUGCCGUCACACAUGAACAGAACAAUGUUCAAACUGGGCUUGGAGUUAGCGAACAAUCUUACAAAUUGUCAGCUCUCGAUGAUCUCGUCAUUAUCUACAAUAGGGUACCAAAAACAGCAUCCACCAGUUUCGUAGGUUUAGUCUACGAUUUGUGUAAACAAAAUAAAUAUCAUGUUUUACAUAUCAAUGUCACCAAUAACAUGCACACUCUUACGCUUCCGAAUCAGAUUCAAUUUGCGAAUAAUAUAACUGAAUGGAGCACAAAGAAACCAGCCUUCUAUCAUGGUCACGUUGCAUUUUUAAAUUUCGAAAAGUUUGGAAUAAGACAGAUGCCUUUGUACAUAAAUCUCUUGCGAAAACCUUUGGAUAGGUUUGUCUCUUAUUAUUAUUUUUUGAGAUAUGGGGAUAAUUUCAGGCCACAUUUAAUUAGAAAAAAGCAUGGUGACACAAAGACUUUUGAUGAGUGUAUCGAUGCUGGGCAACCAGAUUGUGAUCCUGAUAAUAUGUGGUUACAAAUUCCUUUCUUAUGUGGUCACGAUCCUGCAUGUUGGGAAAUUGGAAAUAGUUGGGCAUUAGAAGAAGCUAAAAGAAAUUUACAGAAUCAUUACCUUUUAGUAGGAGUGACGGAGGAGUUAACAGAAUUUGUAGAAAUUUUACAAAUUGUACUUCCACGAUUUUUUAAAGGAGCUUACAAUUCUUUUUUAUACAAUAAUAAAUCGCACUUACGCCAAACUACACAAAAAGUCAACCCACGACCUGAAACUGUAGUCAAAAUUCAAAAAUCCGUCGUUUGGAAAAUGGAGAACGAACUGUAUAAUUUUGCUUUAACACAUUUUCAUGCAGUGAAGAAACGUCUCAUAAAUGCCUCCCCUCAAGAUACGAAUCAACGGUUUGUGUACGAAAAAAUACGUCCAAAAUAAACUCACUUUUUAAAAUA